CUCAACAGCAGCAGCAGCAGCAGCAGCAGCAGCAGCAGCAGCAGCAGCAGCAAGUGUGUUUGCUGCCGCUAUUGUCUCCCGUGUCAGUUGCUGCUGCAGCCCACCCCUGCCGCCUCUCUGCUGCUGCUGUUACAGUCCGUAUAGACAGCGAAGCAGAGAUAAAGAUAGAUCCUCGUCUGCUGCUGUCUCUGCGUAUUCUCUCCAUUGAGUUUGCUGCUGCUUUCACCAGCAGCAGCAGCAGCAGCAGCAGCAGCAGCAGCAGCAGCAGCGGCUGCAGCAGGGGGCGUGGUGUGCUGUAUGUACGCCCGUUUUUAUCUGCUGAGGCGCUGCGGCUGCUGUUUGCGAGGUCCCUAUACACCCCAGACCUGCCUAUACACCCCACGCACUUGAGUUUGCUGCUGCUUUCACCAGCAGCAGCAGCAGCAGCAGCAGCAGCAGCGGCAGCAGCAGGGGACGUGGUGUGCUGUAUGGGGGCCUUCACACCAGCAGCAGCAGCAGCAGCAGCAGCAGCAGCAGCAGACGCAGCUGAAGCCCUCAAGCAACAGCAGCAGCAGCAGCAGCAGCAGCAGCAGCAGCAGUACUGGUAUUCACAUGCAGGGUUAGGGGAGGAGCAGCAGCUGGAGGGCAGUGCUAGCGACGCGGACGAUCUGUUUGCUGCUGCUGCAGCAGCAGCAGCUCCCCCCUCAGCAGCAGCAUCAGCAGCAGCAGCAGCAGCAGCAGCAGCAGCAGCAGGCAGCAGCACUUCUGUUUGUUCAGCAGCAAAUAAAGAAACAGAUGAAGCCCGUCUCGCCCCCUACACUGCCGGCCUUCUUUAUGAUUUGCGGCAGAUGACCACAUACUGUAUACAAGCUGUUAGAGAGAAUUGUUUGUGGCUGCGCAACAGCAGCUGUCACACGUUGGCGUUUCGUGCUGUGUGCAGCAGCAGCAGCAGCAGCAGCAGCUGGCAGACAGGUUUGCUUCCUCCUUCUUGUGAGGCCUUGCUGCUGCAGCAGCAGCAGCAGCAGCUGUCUAUACACCUCGCUGUCCUAGACGCAGCUCAGCCUGCUGCUGCUGCUGCUCCCUUCUUGCUGCCCCCCCAUACAGCCUCCUCCCUAUACACAAACCAAGGCACAGUGCUGACGCACCUGCACCUGCAGCAGCAGCAGCAGCAGCAGCAGUUGCUGCAGCAGCAGCAGCUGUUGCAGCAGCUGCAGGAAGAGGAGCAGCAAGAAGAAGAAGCUAAUGAAGACAUGCAGGGGCGACACAGCGCUGCUCCCUUCUUGCUGCCCCCCCAUACAGCCUCUUCCCUAUACACAAACCAAGGCACAGUGCUGACGCACCUGCACCUGCAACAGCAGCAGCAGCAGCAGCAGCAGCAGCAGUUGCUGCAGCAGCAGCAGCUGCUGCAGCAGCUGCAGGAAGAGGAGCAGCAAGAAGAAGAAGCUAAUGAAGACAUGCAGGGGCGACACAGCAGCUCAGGUGUUUGGGGUGGCAGCAGAAACCCAGACACAGCAGCAACAGCAGCAGCAGCAGCAGCAGCAGGAUCAACAGCAGCAGCAGCAGCAGCAGCUUCUUGUUUAGUUGUAGUGGCAAAAAGAGAAAGAGGAGACAGCAUCAUAGAUAUCUGCUGCCCCCUAAACAUCAGCAGCAAACUGCGGCAGCCCGUCGAGGUCACCUUCCUCGCAGAGAGAGAUCCUGCUGCUGACUGGCGCUGCGUGUUGUCUGGUGGUGUGUGUGUGUCUGUGCCUUUAUGCGUGUCUUUGUCUUCUUUGUCUGUGUCUUUGAAACUGCAGCAGGGUGUGGGCGACGUAGAGGUGCAGCUGCUGCAGGAGCCCCCGCUGCGGCGAUGUAGAGGUGCAGCUGCUGCAGGAGCCCCCGCUGCGGCAGCACCAACAGCAGCAACAGCAGCAACAGCAGCAGCAACGAAGAAGAAGAAAGACAGCAGCACCAGGCAGCAGCUGCAGCAAGAGGCUCACAACGUAACCGUCUCCUCUCUCACACAAGCAGCAGCAGCAGCAGCAGCAGCAGCAGCAGCAGCGCUAUGGAUGCUGCAGCAGCAGCAGACUGGGGGAUCGCUUUCGCACCGCAACACAUGCAGCCCUAAUACCCUCCUCCGCCUCAGCAGCAGCAACAGCAGCAACAGCAGCAACAGCAGCAGCAACGAAGAAGAAGAAAGACAGCAGCACCAGGCAGCAGCUGCAGCAAGAGGCUCGCAGCGUAACCGUCUUCUCUCUCACACAAGCAGCAGCAGCAGCAGCAGCAGCAGCAGCAGCAGCAGCGCUAUGGAUGCUGCAGCAGCAGCAGACUGGGGAGACAGUGGAUCUACCUUUGAGGGGGACUCAGCAGCAGCAGCAGCAGCAGCAGCUGCUGCUGCUGCUGCUGGCUGCGAGGCGUGGCAGGAGCCGUGGUCUUUGUCUUUCAUCGUGCGGUGCCCGCUGCCUGCUGCUGCUGCUACGCAGCAAGACACCCCCCACCACCAGCAGCAGCAGCAGCAGCAGCAGCAGCAGCAGCAGCAGCAGGAGCAGCAGCAGCAGCAGCAGCAAUAG